AUGACAAAGUCGUAUGAAUUCAACUGGCAGAAAUAUGUCCCUGACUUCUUACAAGAGGGGGCUGUUUUCGACAGAUUUGACGAGGAUCCCUUUGUCUUUGAAUCCAGCUGCCUUUUCAAAGUAGAUGAAUUUGGCUUCUUUCUCACGUGGAAAAGUGAAGGAAAGGAAGGCCAAGUUCUAGAAUGUUCUCUGAUCAACAGUAUCCGUGUUGGAGCGGUGCCAAAGGACCCUAAGAUCCUGUCCUCCCUGGAGGGACCGGGGAGGACUGAAGCAGAUCUGGACGGUUGUAUAAUCUGUGUGUGUAGUGGACCUGACCUGGUCAAUCUCAGUUUCAUGUACAUGGUGGCAGACAACACAGAAAUCGCCAAGAAAUGGAUUGAGGGGUUGAGGUCGGUUAUUCACAACUUCAAGGCGAACAAUGUGUGUCCAAUGACCUGCCUGAAAAAACAUUGGAUGAAAUUGUCCUUUUUGACUAACGUUAACGGCAAAAUCCCUGUCAGAGGAAUAACCAGGACAUUUGGCUCUGGGAAAACAGAAAAAGGGAUAUUUCAGGCGCUGAAGGAACUGGGUCUCCCCAGUGGGAAGAAUGAUGAAAUAGAGCAUUCGGUCUUUACCUUUGAUGUGUUCUACGCCCUCACGCAGAAAAUCUGUCCGCGCACAGACAUCGAGGAACUGUUCAAAAAGAUCAAUGGGGACAAAAGUGAUUAUUUAAACGUAGACCAGUUAGUCAGCUUUCUGAAUGAAAAUCAGCGGGACCCUCGACUGAACGAGAUCCUGUUCCCUUUCUACGACCCCAAACGAGCCAUGCAAAUCAUAGAAAAAUAUGAACGUGACGACGAACUCAAGAAGAAAGGCCAGAUGUCCUGCGAUGGAUUUUGCCGUUAUUUGAUGUCAGAUGAGAACGCGCCUGUGUUUCUGGACCGCUUAGAGGUCUACCAGGAGAUGGAACAUCCACUGGCCCAUUACUUCAUCAGCUCCUCCCACAACACAUACCUGACCGGGCGCCAGUUUGGAGGCAAAUCCUCAGUGGAGAUGUACCGACAGGUUCUCCUGUCAGGCUGCAGGUGUGUGGAGCUGGACUGUUGGGAUGGGAAAGGAGAGGAUCAGGAGCCAAUCAUUACACACGGCAAAGCAAUGUGCACUGACAUCCUCUUUAAGGAUGUGAUUCAAGCUAUCAAAGAAACAGCUUUUAUCACGUCAGAAUAUCCAGUGAUUUUGUCAUUUGAAAACCACUGCAGUAAACCUCAGCAGUAUAAGAUGGCGCGUUAUUGCGAAGAGAUCUUUGGAGACUUGUUGCUAAAACAACCACUGGAGGGCUUCCCGAUUGAACCUGGACGGCCUUUACCUUCUCCCAACGACCUCAAAAGGAAAAUCCUUAUCAAAAACAAACGGUUGAAACCUGAGGUGGAACAGAGGCAGCUGGAGGCCUUUAAGAAGCACAUGGAGGCAGGAGAGAUUAGUGUUCAAGCAGGAGAAGAUGAGACUGAAGAAGACCUAGAGAACGGUCAGCUAUCCUCGGACCCUGACAACAACAAGAAGGGUACAGAGAUAGCAGAGGAUGCGGAGCAGCAGCUCAUUGCCUCCUAUAAAUACGAGGGAGCCACCACCAACAUCCACCCCUACCUCUCUGCCAUGGUCAACUAUGCCCAGCCUGUCAAAUUCCAGAGCUUUGAUGUUGCAGAAGAGAGAAAUAUCCACCACAACAUGUCCUCAUUCAACGAGUCAGUGGGUCUGGGCUACCUGAAGACCAACGCCAUUGAGUUUGUCAACUACAACAAGCGACAGAUGAGUCGGAUCUACCCUAAAGGAGGGCGAGUGGACUCCAGUAAUUACAUGCCUCAGAUCUUCUGGAACGCCGGCUGCCAGAUGGUGUCCCUGAACUUCCAGACCCCAGACUUGGCAAUGCAGUUAAACCAAGGGAAGUUUGAGUAUAAUGGCUCAUGUGGGUACCUGCUUAAGCCAGAUUUCAUGCGCCGAUCAGACAGGAUGUUCGACCCAUUCUCAGAGACACCAGUGGAUGGAGUCAUUGCUGCUACCUGUAGUGUACAGGUGUUCUCAGGUCAGUUUUUGUCAGAUAAGAAGAUUGGUACCUAUGUGGAGGUGGACAUGUAUGGCUUGCCUACAGACACCAUCCGUAAGGAGUUCCGUACACGCAUGGUCAUGAACAACGGCCUCAACCCCUAUUACAACGAAGAGCCUUUUGUCUUCAGAAAGGUGAUCCUGCCUGACCUGGCUGUUCUACGGAUCGCUGUGUACGAUGACAACAAUAAGCUGAUUGGUCAGAGGAUCUUGCCUUUGGACGGGCUCCAGGCAGGUUACAGACACAUAUCCUUACGAAAUGAGGGAAACAAACCUCUCUCCCUCCCCACUGUCUUCUGCAACAUAGUCCUCAAGACAUACGUACCUGAUGGGUUUGGAGAUAUCGUGGAUGCGCUGUCAGAUCCAAAGAAGUUCUUGUCCAUAGCAGAGAAGAGGGCUGACCAGAUGAGAGCUCUCGGUAUUGAAACGAGUGAUAUUGCUGACGUGCCAAAUGAAAGCUCCAAAAAUGAAAAGAAAGGGAAAGUGAACCAGGUCAAAGCGAAUGUUACGCCCCAAACCAGCUCCGAGAUGGGCCAGACCUCCUCGUCCAAUCAGAACAACACGGCUGAGACCAAGAAAGACUCAUCUGUUUUUGCGAAUCAGGUGAACAUUGAUGACUUGAAACAGAUGAAGUCGUACCUUAAACUGAUGAAGAAGCAGCAGAAGGAACUCAGUGCAUUGAAAAAGAAGCACGCCAAGGACCACAAUGCCAUGCAGAAAUCCCACUGUACUCAAGUGGACAAGAUGGUGGCUCAACACGAUAAAGAGAAGUUUAUUCUGGAAAAGCUGCUGGAAAAAGCAAUAAAAAAAAGAGGAGAAAACAACUGUAUGGAGUUGAAGAAAGAGACUGCAAUAAAAGUGGAGACGCUAACAAAAGACCACAAAGCAAAGGUGAAAGACAUUGUAGCACAGCACACUAAAGAGUGGUCUGAGAUGAUCAACUCCCACAGCACAGAGGAGCAGGAGAUGAAGGACGCUCACGUAACACAGCAAUGCGAACACCUGAGAAAACUGCUAGCCAGCGUUCAGGAGCAGCAAACUUUACAGCUCAAACUCAUCCAUGAACGGCAAAGUAAGGAAAUGAAGGCUAACCAGGCCAAGACUUCCAUGGAGAAUAGCAAGGCCAUCAGUCAGGACAAGAGCAUCAAAAACAAGGCGGAGAGAGAGAGGAGAGUUCGAGAAUUGAACAGCAGUAACACCAAGAAGUUCCUUGAGGAAAGAAAACGGCUGGCCAUGAAACAGUCAAAAGAGAUGGAGCAGUUACAAAAGUCCCAGCGCGAACAGUUAGAAAAACUGGAGAAAUUCAACGAGCAGGCCAAAGCCAUGCAGCAGAUGGUGAAGCUGGAGGCGGAGAUGGACCGCAGGCCUGCCACGGUGGUUUAA